CCCGACACUCAGAGAAGCUGGGGAAACAAAAUAAAAUUGAAAGACGAGUUGGAGGAUCAACAGGCAGCUCAGCAAUGCGCGUCUCUCUCUGCCACAAACUCAAAGUGCUUGAAGAAUGGGACUGACUUUUCUUUUUCUUCAGGAAGCCUUUUCUGGCGAUAUGCUAAAACAUGGCAGGUCCCUAAGCACAUAGCCAAGUUGAGCUGUAUGAAGAGGAUUAUUAAGAUCCAAGAAUGAAGACAUUUUCUGCCUGAUAUAGGGGGAUCUCCAAUCAUCAUGAAUCCAGAAUCUCUGGACCUGUCCAUUCAGAGUGCCUUGUCGGCCCUCUUCCCACCUUUUGAGGCCACUGCACCCAUCGUCCUCGGCCAGCUAUUUCGCACCAUUGAUGAUCGUUACCACGGCGAUGCUCUGCAGUGCCUGUUGGACUUCCUUAUUCCCUCCAAACACCUGCUGGAGUCUGUUCAGCAGGCUGCGUGUUCUGGAUACGCUGAUGUGGUUUUCCGCUGUGAGGGCUGGCCUCUUUGUCUCCAUGACAAAACCGUCAUCCAGGUAGCAUCUGUGAACCCUUUGUUGUUGCGCCCUGGAGACUUUUAUCUCCAAGUGGAACCUUUUGGCGACCAAGCAGCACGGAUUGUCCUGAAAAGCCUUCUGGAGGAGGGAUGUCGAGAAGUUGAGGAGACCCCGAUCCCAGAGACUUCCUACCCCUGCCUCUUCACCGAGGAGUGGCUGCAGGACAUCAAUGAAGGACGCCAGGGCACUCCUCUGUCUCGCUGUUUACUUUGCACAGAUCAAGGUGUUAUCAAGUUACCGUGGGCUAAAAUUGCAAUCCCUGAAUUUUUAGACAAGCCUAAGACUAUGCCCACCUGUGGGGAAACAGCACCUCAGAUCAGGAAGGCCUCGGCUUCUUUCCACUUCAACUCGUCCACCCUCCCAGUGGAGACAGUUAUUCCUCCACAUGAAGACAGGAUUUCAGCAUCUCUGAGACCUGCACAUGCAUCCUCAAAACUAAUCAAAAUGGAUCGUGAAAGGCAAUCCUCCAGAUCAGGGUUCAAACCACUGAACAAACCUGUAGGUUGGGUUUCUCCUAACACGUGGGAGAGUCUUACUUUUCAAGAGAUGGAGGGGGAUUAUGUAGACCUGGUGGACAUCGCAAAAGGGAAGGAGUUUGUGGACAAACAAAUUCAACCUAAUUCAGUUUUGCCUAAACCAGUGAGACCGCCCCCACCCAUUCCAGUUGUUAAAAGCACUUCCAGCAGACAGACCCUUCAGUAUGCAGAGGAGCCAUGUAUACCGUGCAGCCAAAGUCAGCUGGAUCAGGAGCUUAUUGAUCAGGACAUGAAAUGUAGAUACAGAGACUCUUAUGUAGCAGCGCUAAAAAACCCUGUCCCUUUUGAGAGGGGCAAUUUGGACCACCUGGGUGCCUUGGAAGAGGUUGGACAAUGUGAAGAGGAGGAUGUAAAACCCAAAGAGCCGUUUGAAGCUCAAAAAGACCAUCUAUGUACCUUUUUCAACCACUGUCAAGAACCUCUGAAAAGUAAUGACUCAUGUGAGAGCAGAGAAUAUCACCAUCCAUCUAGCUGUGAAUCAGAAAACCUAACUAAGGAAUCACCUGUGAUUUUAAAACCAUUCUCUGGAUUGAGCCACAUUGACACCAGCCUAAUUUGUCACCAGUUAGGACACUCUUUUUAUAAGCGUCCCGGAUCAGAUGUGUCCUUGGCAACAUCUAAGGGUGGUUUAAAGCCAACCCAAAAAGGAGACGUUGUAAAACUGUCAGGAAAACACAAAGUUAAAGUGAGAUCUUUGUCUGCUUUGUCAGACACCGCCACAGGGAGCCCUGUUCUGUACAAAAUCAACAACAGGAGCCACAGUGAUGUUUGCCCUGAAACAUUAACCAGCAUAAUGCAGCAUGAAAAUGGUGCAGUAGGAGACCAAGAGGCUGCAAAGAUGGAAAAACUAAAGUGCUCAAAGAAAGAUUCAGAUUUAAGCAGAGUUGAGCUUCUCAGCAUAACGGUGGAGAAACAAUCUUCUACAACAAGUUCUGGCUGUCAACAAGGCUCACAAACAGAAGAAUCCUGCUUCAGGAAUAUCAGCAGUCUACUGCAACUGGGCAUUAUUUGUUUGCCAGGCAGCAGGGACAGGAAUGGCAGGGCGGUGGUCGAGGUCCAUGGUGACAGGAAGGAGUGGAUGUCCCCUCUUGUGUCAGCAGAGAGCAUUUGUGAAUUGCUGCUGUACUUACACUCUAUACCAAGAAAAGAUGUCCGAGAGCUGGGAAUGACUCUGGUGAUUAAUGGCAGGAAGAAGCCACCUCCGACUCACCUCUACAAGGCACUACUGAUGGCACAGGAGCAAGCUCUCCACGCCGUUCACAGCAUUAUCAUGUUGAUCGAUAAGGACAGUUGUCCCCGGCCGGAAAAGCAGCCUGGUCUGCAGAUGGAUAUUGUUACUUCAGUACGAGCCCUAAGCAAGACAGUGGAAUCUCCCCAGCUGACCUCGGACCUGGGAGGGAUGUUUACUUACAGUCACAAGGACUGGCUGCAGUUCCAUCAGAAGCUUGUACCUUUCACGGCCAACCUGCAAGGGGCCAACAGCUUGUUGCAAAAGGCCAUUAAGAAAGUGGACAGCAGAAAACAAAUGGACUCUGCUCAAGAAGUCCAAGAAAGCAUCCAGGAGCAAAGGGUUCUAAUGAAGCAGGUUCUGGAAGAUGCUAGACUGGUAACUCUGCAAAAGGAAGGAGGAACACUACUGGCAAGGAUGAAGAAAGAUGAAUUCAAAUUUCCGCAGUCUGAGGACUAUAGAGAUGCUGUGGAGUUAGCAACGAGUCUGUACAAUCAAGUGGAGGAGAAGCUCCACAUGUUGGUAAUGAGAUCGAAUGAGUCACUGCAGCACCUGGAGGUCCUGCUCAGGCACAGAGAGAUGGAGGCCAAAAUUAUCUCGGAGGGAUUGUGGUUCAGUUCAGAGGGGGAGCAGAUUUUAAAGAACUCUUACACAACAGAUGACACACUGGUGGGCAGGGAAAAGGCCUUGAAAGACUUCAAUUUGUUUCUCGCUAAACUGAAGGACAAACAGCAAGAUACCUUGAGACUGGUCACAGAGGCAGAGGAGAUUGUUGGCACCCAUAACUCAAGUCCUGCUGCUGAGAUUUUUCGUACCCUUGUUGGCACUUUCAAAUCUAACAUAGAAGACUUCAGGUUCCGGGCCGAACAAAGGCAGAAAGAUUUAGUCUUAAUGGUGCAUGUGUACAGAUUUUGUGAACAGGCAACAGCCUGCGUCAAAGAAUGUAGUAAACUUCUGGAGCAGGUAGAGGAGGGAUGUUGCUCUCCUCAGACCAUAAACAGACUCCAAAUGCACAAGGAGAGAAUAACUGGUGACUUUUCAACCCUGCACUUCCAGGCUCUGAGAGCUAAGGCCUCCGCCAUGGGAGCAGAGGCAUCUGGGAUGCUGAAAGCAUGGAAUGCAGCCUGGGUCCAGAGCCAAGAAGUCAAGCAGCGUCUUGAGGAAAUGCAAAAGAAGUUUAAAGUUGUAGAUAAGAACCAGGCCCAGCCGACCACAGCUGCAAACCCUCUAGGGAAGCACGGAAAAAUGGAGAGGGAGGGGAAAAAGAACGAGCUGGGGGAGGUUCAGAGCUCACAGAUUCUACAGCCCAGCUCUCAAGCAGAGGUCGUCAGUGCUGCGAAAUGUCAAGCUAAAAACAGCUCUGUAGUAUGCUUAAAGUCCAACGUUGAAUCUGACUUCAGAAUUAAGAAAGAAUUACCUCAAACACGAUCUAAAAACUCAGAAAAUACUCCUGUUUUGCCACAAACUAGUGAUUUCUAUAUAGACAGAAAAUGCAAGGCCAAAGAACACUGCAGGGUUGCAGAUAUGAGCGGGACAGUCUCUGCAAAAAAGGAUUUUCCUUUACACCAAACUUUGGGUCGGUCUCUAAGUGAGGGCUCGUAUGAGGGGAGCAUCUCUGCCUUUUUGCCUCUAAGUCACAAACACUGUCACAGCAGGAAACACUCCCUGGACCAAAAUCUGCAGCCCAGCCAAAAGCUGCACAUUUUUCAUCAUAUGGUCUUACAGCCAGAGAACCUGAUCUGCGAGUCAAAAAGUGAAGGUAAUCAAGGAGAGGAAGAAGACGGUACCAUCCCCACCCUGAACCCUGAGGAUUUAAGAACUUCAGAGACAUUACUCACUCCACAAGACAACAAUUAUGGCAACAUUUUGAAAGUCCAGAAGAUCUUGGAGGAGCUAUUGUCCACGGAGCGGGAGUAUGUGAAAGCUCUAGGUUAUGUCCGAGAGCACUACUUUCCCGAGCUGGAGAGAGCAGACGUCCCUCAGGACCUCCGGGGCCAGAGGGGCAGCAUUUUUGGGAACUUGGAAAAGCUCCACGACUUUCACCGUCACUAUUUCUUGGAUGAACUGGAGAGCUGUGUGAAGGAGCCUUUCAGAAUGGGGCGCUGCUUUUUACAUCAUAGAGAGAGUUUUGCUUUGUAUGCCCUUUACAGCAAGAAUAAACCCCAGUCUGACCGCCUUCUUACCAUUCAUGGAAAAACUUUCUUUAAGCAAAAGCAGCUGAAGCUGGGGGAUAAAAUGGACUUAUGGUCCUACUUGCUGAAGCCUGUGCAGCGCAUCAGUAAGUACAGUUUGCUGCUGCAGGACAUGAUGAGGGAGUGCGGACUGGAGCAAACGAGAGAGGUCGCUGAGAUCAAGGCAGCUCUGGAAGUCAUCCACUUCCAGCUCCGCCACGGCAACAACCUGCUGGCCAUGGAUGCCAUCUGCCAGUGUGAUGUCAAUCUGAAAGAACAGGGUCAGCUGAUACGCCAGGAUGAGUUCUUGGUAACUUUCAGGAAGAAGAAAUGUCUCCGUCACAUUUUCCUCUUUCAAGACCUCGUUCUCUUCAGCAAGACCAGAAAGACGGACGGGAGAAAUGACACAUACGUCUAUAAACAAUCCUUUAAGACGUCUGAUAUCGGCAUGACGCAGAACAGUGGUGACAGCGGCUUGUGUUUUGAGAUCUGGUUCAGAAAGAGGAAAAGUCAGGACACAUACACACUGCAAGCUCGUAGCCGGGAAGUGAAGGAGGCCUGGACCAAAGACCUGGAGCGGAUCCUGUGGGAGCAGGCCUUACACAACAGAGAGGUCCGCAUGCAGGAGAGAGUGUUCUUGGGUAUUGGAAACAAGCCCUUCAUGGACAUCCAGCCCAGUGAAGCAGCUAUCAAUGACAGGGCCAUAAAUUAUGUUCUGAUAGGCAGAGAAAACAGGGUGCUAUCCUCCCUGGGGUCAUGCGGUUCACAGAGCAGGCUUCCGGAGGGACGACCAAAAUCUGUUGGUUCAGGCAGCAGUUCUUCUUCCUCCUCUUCUUCUGGACGUGGUUCUAUGUCCCCUGUUGGAUUUAUUGGUGGCCCAAAGCGAAGGGUGGUCUCAGGGGGACCUGUGGGAUACGUAUCGCCCCCUGGAGCUCUGGAAGAGGAUGAUAUGGACCAUGAUUGUGGAAAUCAAAACUUAUUAUUGGACAGCUCUGAGUCGUCGGGAGAGAGUGUGAGUGGUUUGAGCAGUUGCAGUCACAGCUGCCGCUUUGCUGCAGGAGAGGUGGAGGAGAACUCUUCUGUCUGUGCCUCGAUCAUCACUAUGAAAGAAGCUGGGACUGCUCAUUCCACUGAAGCUUUGUCCAUUUCCCAAAGCCCAAAUGCUCUUCAAAGAUCUUCAGGAAAAAGCCCAUCACCAGUAGCACCCAAGCUGAAGCUCAAACAGCAGCACCAGAGCGAGGAUCUGUCUGGCAGCAAGGCUGAAAGCACAAAUGCUGAAAAGUCCACAGAGGUUUGAUUUGUGAAAAGUGAUUCAGUAUAAAGUUAAAAUCAAAUUAAAGCUCAUCAGCCCUGAAGAAACUGUUUUCAUGUGCUUCAGAAGUCGGAUCUAGGAAGGACUUUACACCUAGUUGCAAAUCGGGAAAACCCUUUGGAUCUGCAAAUUGUUGUACCUCAGGCUAACUGCUAUUAGUAUAAAAGCUGACAAAUAUGUUUUUCUCUGUAUUUUAUUCAUUCAAGCACUAAAGGAACACAUUUAAAUAUAGAUUUUGGACUGUACUACAUAUCAGUUGAUUUAAUGUGAUACAAUUUAUUACUGCAGCUUUUAUUGUGUUUUAGAAAUGUUGCAGCCAUUUUGGAUUUUCAGCUCGGGUUGGUGAGGAACCUCAAAGUGUUUGAGUUCAACUUCAGGGGGCGGUCCAGUUGACUUUUUGUGCAGGGAGCCUGGAAAUUCUGACUUUGUGGUCCAAGCCAUUGUUUCGAUCUGUUUCUAUAGUCUGUUACCAGUUUGUAAAUAGUUUUUUGUUUUUUUAUAAAAAUGUUUUUUUAUAACAACACUAAAAUAAUCACUUAGAAAUGUGUCUAAAUUGAUCUGUAUGAUAAAUAUAAGAGAUAAAUUUGAUCUUGAAAUACAUACAUUGUAUUGCUUGUGAUUAUCUAUAUGAUUUCUGGUUGUUGUAAUCAGAUUUUUUUAGAUAUACACAUAAAAGUCAGGUUAUCAUAAUGUGGUGCUGCAGUUAACUGCACAAUGGCUUGAACACAAGUAAUAAAAAUGUGUACAUGUUAUAAAUCAUUUGGCAUAAAUACAAUAACAAGAUAUUUAACAUUUCAUAAUUGCAAAAGAUGUUUUCAUUUGAAAGUAUUUCUUUUCAUUUUCAGCUACUUAUAAACUGCAUUACCGAUAGGUAGUAAAUAAUGACAAAGCUGUUGGCUUUUUGUAUCCCAAAAAAUAUUCACACAAUGUUGAUUGUUUUUACAUUUCAGUGUUCUGUAAUAAAAAUAAAACUUUUUUCUCA